GGUGUUUGUCCGUAUGCGCGCGGCGAGGCUGGGGGAAUGGCCGAGGGAGCCGAUCUGAUCGACAUUUACGCGGAUGAAGAGUUUAAUCAGUUAAACACCAUUAAACCAGGGAAUCAACCCCUAGUUCAAAGAGGAGUGUAGGACAGCAUGCCAGGAGCAGCACCAAGCAUACCUUAAAAUGGGGCGCCAACCUAAUGAAGCUACAGAAGAACUACAUGCAUGCUAAACAGCAGAAGCAGCAUGCUCUCAGACAGAGCUCAGUGAUCCCAUAACCAAUGGACCAGAUCAAAGCUCUGCAGCCCUGUCACUUCCAGUCAAGAAUGGUGGUGGUGAAAGAAGAGGCUUCAUGAAUGUCCCUAUCCUCAAAGAUGGUGGAGCCUAGCAGUGAGUGCAAAAGACAAGACUGGGGCAUUUGCAACCAUAUUCAACCAGAAAUGGAGACUGAUUAUACUACAAACGAUCAAGUUGACCUUUAUGAUGAUGUAAUAGCAGCUGCUGAUGGUAAUAACCAAGAAGAUCAAAGUUUUGAUGAGAUAUUACCACGGACCCCUGGUGAGCCACAGAAAACUGACAAUAGCGCCAGGCCGACCAUAGUCUACACAUACGGAGGCAAGCGGCAAGCUGUGUAUGUGGGAAACUUGACAUGGUGGACGACAGACCAGGACGUGGCUGAUGCUGUCCAUUCAGUUGGUGUGCAGGACCUGUUGGAAAUCAAGUUCUAUGAAAACAGGGCCAAUGGACAAUCUAAAGGGUUUGCUGAAGUAUAUCUGGGCUCUGAAAGUUCCGUUCGACGCCUCAUGGAGCAACUUCCACAAAGAGAACUUCAUGGACAGAGACCGGAGGUCAUGCCUUGCAACAAACAGAAUCUCAACCAGUUUGAAGCGCAAUCCAAGAAAAGACAGAAUCCUCAGAGAAGCCAAUCACAUGACUCGGUGAAUUCUCCAGACCAUCGAGAUUCCCCAUUGCCACGGAGAGGGCCAUCACCAGCUGAAAAUGCAGUAGCACCUCCCAGGAGGGAUAAGUUACCACCUUCCUUUCAGAUGCCUGGUCGGCCUCCAUAUGGUGAAAUUCCACAUGGAAUUCCACCUCCAGGUCUUCUGCCUCCUCCAAUGUCACUUGCUCUCAACUCUGGAUAUGGACCACCACUUCAGGUGCAGCCAGGGCCAUUGCCCCCACCAGGUGCAUUCUUAGCCCGACCUGGCCCUCCAGGAUCAAUUGUACCUCCGUUGCCACCAGGACUCCCUCCCCACUUGGUUGUGCCACCUCCUGGUGCUGUUCCACCUGCACCCCACAUUAACCCAGCCUUCUUUAUACCCCCAAAUGCCGGCUUGCCUCCACCAGUUGAUAAUAGAGGACUUCCACCACCGCCAACGGAUGCCUAUGGAAGACCGUCACCAUCUCAGUACAACAGAGAGGAAUUCAAACGGGGAAGAGAUUCUGAUCCCAGUAGUCCUCCUCUGAGUGAAGCAGAGUUUGAAGAGAUGAUGAAUAAGAACCGAGCGAUAUCUAGCAGUGCCAUCUCCAAAGCUGUGGCUGGAGCCAGCACAGGUGAUUAUGGGAAUGCAAUCGAAACAUUGCUUACGGCCAUUGCCCUGAUUAGACAGUCAAAAGUUGCAGCAGAUGACCGCUGCAAGGUUCUGGUCAGCUCCCUACAGGACUGCCUCCAUGGGAUUGAAUCCAAGUCAUAUGGGUCAGGAUCCAGAAAGAGAGAUCGAUCACGAGACCGGGAGUACAGCCGUUCUCAUGACAGGAGCCGUAGGCACAGGGAGCGCUCUCACAGUGAGGAUCGGCAUGAAGAUAAUUAUCGUGAGAGAAGCAGAGAACGGGAUCGGCAUAGAGACCGGGACCGUGACAGGGAAAGAGAUCGGGAGAGAGAGUAUAGGCACCGCUAAG